AUGGCGAGGGGCAAGAUUGUGAUUAGGAGGAUUGAGAACAUGAGCAGCAGGAAGGCCACCUUCUCCAAGCGGCGUCAUGGCCUGUUGAUGAAAUCACGUGAGCUAGCCAUCCUCUGCGAUGUCCAGGUCAGCGUCAUGGUCUUCUCCUCCACCAGUCGCCUCUACGAAUAUGCCAGCUCCAUCGCCGCCACCACCAUGGGCAUGGCCAUGCCUUCCAUCAUUCAAAACUACCAAUCUGCACAAGAGCACCAUCACCUGUUGAAUUCAGUUUCACAAGUCAUGCUUUGGGAAGGGGAAGUCCGGAAAUUACAUCAGGAAAUACAGAUGCUUCAAGAACAUCAUGGGUACAAGUUCUUAAUUCAGUUCCUUCCAGUACCCGAUAUCGAGCUCCGGGGUGAAAGCCCAGAUCUGAAGUCUGGCAAUGGCGAUGGUUAUACAUCAUUACCUUGUUGA